CAGCGAAUGACACUCCAUUGCAAUGCAUCACGAGUCAUCUCAAUUCUUGUACAGACAGAGGGCGUGGAGAGAUGUACAGAACGCACAGCAGGCCACAGAUUCCAUAGACUUGUCGAAGAUGACAAACCCAACGACGUGUCAGCUCGUCGCCCGGGUUGGUCAGCUCCCACUGCUCUAUGGUAUCUAUGGCCUGUAUCUAUGGCCUGUCCGCACCGGCCGGCUCUUUUCGCCACAGAUCACCGUCAGACAGCCUGGCUAUGGUCUCUCUCUCUGUCUGACUGACUGACUAACUGACUGACUGACACAAAUACAAGUGCUCGUCCUAUCGACACAUCUCAUCUCGCCACUCGGUUAGCCGAUAGUGCUCAGCACCUCAGCCGACGCAGAGCUCUCCCCUCUUUCCCCGCCGAUCUGCGCAACGAUCGGUGCCACAGCUGGCGAGUUGAAGAAGGAAGACAGCCGCUCGUCGAGGUCUGGGGCGGAGUGCUUCCGGCGGCCGACGAUGGCCCGGAAUAUCUUGACCAGCCGGGGCAGCCGCGAGUGGUUGGGGUCCAGCACGUACACAUUGCCCUGUGGGUACCCAAGGACACGCACAGAGACGUGGGAGAGGUAUCAUUUGCAGCUCUCCAUCUUUGGUCGGUGCCCUGGCCUGUUGUACGGCAUCGACAAGGAACCGAUAAAAGUCGUCCGUCACCUCCGACGGAUGUGCAAAGCAUCCCCCAAAGUUGUAGAAUGGCGCGGCCGACGACACACCCUGUCCCAGCAGAGAGUCCGUCGCCUCCCGUGCCAGCUCAUCGGUAACAAAGCCGCCGCCCACAUGCCGCACGCACACCGCCACCAAACAGGCCUGGGACGCCUCCCGCGCCAUCCUGGCUUCUUUGCCCUCCCUCUUUGGUUUCUCCGGGGUGCUCUCCCUGCUCUCGGUCAUCUCGCCGUUUUCCAUGGCCGAAGACGAUGACACGCUGCCAUUUGGGCCCUCGUGGACGUUCUCUGGUUGCUGGGCUGUGGCGGUGGGUGGGAUGGAGUUGGCGAGAAGCUGGGGGACGCACUGGGGGAGGUGCGGGCCGAGCGCUGGGUGUGCAGAGGCAAGCAGGAUGAUGUGCGCGGCCCUUUUGCGGAGCUGGGGCUGGGUGGAGGAGAGGAAGGACACUACCAGCGGCAGCAGGGCCGACCAGUGGGGGCGGUCAGGCUGCAUCCAUCCAUCCAACACAUCAGAGGACACAGCACCUCUGCCCCGUCAUACAUCGGAAUCGUCUUUUCUUCUCUCUCUGCGCACCGUGUAGUGUUUGAAGAGGUGGAGGGCGAGCUUGAGUAGCUCCUGGUAGGAGCUGGACUCAUCCGCAGAGGCGAGCAGGGCUUGCAACACCCUCGCCCAUCGACUCAAGCAAUCCUGAGAUAAGGAGAGCAACAAACCGAGGGUCGCGCAGUGGUCGUGGACACGUGUGUGUGUGUGUGUGUGUGUGUAGGUUGUCAGUAGCUUGCUUACCGUGGCAUCGAAGUGGCUGGUAUGGGUGGAUAUCAGUCGGCUGAGGCACGGCACCAGAGUGACGCGACACUUGCGCAAAGACGUCAGCUCCUGAAUGGACCAACCAACCAACUAACCAGUGAGUGUGUCGACAAGACAUCCGUGUCUGCGCACGCUAUCUACUCUACUCAGGAGGUGCAGCAUACCAUACCUCCUCUGCUUCCUUGUGCACAUCUGCCUCCGUUUUGCGGCUCUACACGUCAGUACACAGACAGAGAAGUACGACCGACUCUGCCAUGGAAAGGUGCAGGCAGGUGUCGUUGUGGCCACCCUGGCCUUCCUCGCGCACCUUUCUUGUGAGACUCUGCCUGAUCUUUUGUUUGAUCUGGUCGAUGGACACGUGGAAUCUCUCCAGCAGCCAGUCGCUCAGCAGCAGCACCUGCACAGUGCAGUGCACGACACAGCAGGCAGGAGACAUCACAGUCUGCACACGAGCCAGCUGGUUGUGUGCAGACAUGCAGUGCAGCCACUGGGUUUUGCUGACCUGCUGCUGUGUGAGCGUGUCUUUGCCGGGCGCCUCGAGGGCCACAGUCAAGGCGGCCACCUGACGGUUGAUCAGAAACUCAUCCCUGUCAGACGCACCCUGCCACACACACAAUAUGCAACAGUCCCGUGUCCGUGUGGCAAUUCUUCCGUAGGUACACCCAUACCUGUUUCUUGAUGUCGUUGAGAAUCCACUGGAUGGCCUGCCACUGAUACGCCCCCACUUCCUGCAGCAGCAGCGCAGGCUGCUGCUGCCCCGCAGGCGAUCGACGGUCUGCCAUUUGCCUCAGCGUCUUGAGGUAGGCUUGAAGGACGUGCUGACCCUGCCCCAUGACCUCGUCAAAGGGCAGGGUCAUGACGUUGCGCAAAUGCUGCCGAGAGAAGGGAGGAGGAUGGUACGUGUCUGUCUGUCUGAGUGCUUAGAAGAAUCUUUCUUUGUUUCUUGCCUGUGCGCCGACCUACCUGGAAGAUCUCUGUCAGCAUUUGGUGUGGGAUGCGGUCACCGAACCGAUUCAGCACCAAGGCCAGCAGAUCGGCACUCCUGAACACACACACUCAGAUACACACACACAGAGAUCGCCCAAAUCGCCCCCACCGCACCUGGAGAUCUCUUCGAUCUCGUCCACGCCCAAACUCACAAUCUGUCCCGUCUCGUUCGAACUGCAGCACCGCGUCUGACAGACAGACAGACAGACAGACACCCCUACCACGGCAUCGCCCCCCAGGGACCUGACUGACUUACCUGUGUCUGCUGCCGCUGCUGCUGCUGUUUUUCCUCACUGUCCACGUCGUCGCUCUUGAUAGGCUUCGGCCGUGUGUCCAGCGGGGCCAUCACCCGAGGCCAGAACGCACUCAGAUACGGCAGCAGCGAAUCGCCGAGCGCCGGAACCAUGUCCCGCAACAUCGGCUGCAGCCAGACGACAACAGCGCAGCGCAGCGCAGCGCAGCACAGCACAGCACAUAAAUGUCGAUGGGAUGAAUGGAUGUGCAGUCGUUUCCUCCUCCUUACAACGAUGGAGUCGGUGACGGGGCUGUCUGCGGGGAAGUCUGUCUUGGUGAGGUAGUCCAGCACACACACCGCAUCUGCGUGGAACCGAGCAAAUCCUGCAAGCAGCCAGCCCAUAGAACAACCAUACACACACAAAGAACUGUGGCUCGCGUCACUUUGUUCACGAACCUGCCUUGGUGCCCAGCCGUGCGAUGGCUUCGAUGACCUCAGCUUUGAGCUUCUGCCCCUCGGGUGAGAGGGGCGACAUCAGCAACUGCUUCAGGAACGGCAUCCAGCUGGCGUAUAUCGACUCGACCAGCUCACGGGGGUCACACGCAUCCACGGCCCACAGGGGCAGCAGCUGACGCAGUGCUCUCGUGGCGUACUGCUUGAUCGACCAGCCUGCAUCAAGCAAAACAGCCAACAUUAGUCAGGAACGUGCCUCGGUGGGGUGGGUGGAUGUCCUGUGUGUGAAGGGUGUGUAUACCUGUGCCGGUCUGGACAAUGUGCAGGAGUGUCUUGGCGACUUCAGGAAAGACGGUCUCCUCCGUCAUGGGGCGCACUGCCUCAUACGCCUCACUCUCAGACUCACCCAGCUGCACAACCACACACCGCAGCGCACGACGGACCACCUGCGUGAAUGAACGAGUGAACACAGCACACACACACACACACACUCGUCACUCAGUUUCCGCGCCACCCUCUCUGUCACUCCAGCCAUACGUUCUCAUUCGGAUGAGUCAGCAGCGGCAUGAGCGCCUUGUCGAGCUCGUCGAUGUCGUUGUUGUCCAGGUUGGCGCCGUGAGUGUCGAGCAGCGUCUCGAGUGCCCGGAGGCCCGUCAGCCGCAGUGCGGUGGGUGGGGGGUUGACGAACCUGUUGCGGCAGGUGUCGAGCAGGAAACGGAACACACCCAGAUGGUACUCCGUGUGGUAGUCAUCGUCUCCACACAAGUCCUCCAUAGAAAACAGCUGACAGAACAGACAUCGAUCAAUCAUGGGAGCUCGAUUUGUGUUCCUGCCGCCGUGUUGUUGUCAGCUUACCACUGCGACGAUCUCGGCGAGUGCGGCCUUGGUCCGUGGGUUGAGUUUCUUCAUCUUCAUCUUGUGCUCAAAGAAGGGCCACGCAUCAGCCAGGAACGACUUCAGGUCAACAGCCUGACACACACACACACACACACACAAACCAAUGCGCACUCAGAGGCUGCCACCCUCCCUCCCUCCCUCCGUCACUCCCCGCCUUUUCACCCCCCCACCAUGGCGACUCUGCCAAUGCCCUCGAGUGCGACAACCUUUAGGUCGUUGCGGUCAUCAUUGUCGACUUCAUCGCUGUGCACUUCCUCGUCACUCAGCGACCCCACUGGCGGCGGCUCGGGCUCCCCGUCCUCCUCAAAGGCAGACGCGGGGGGCGUGACGAGGUCCACAAAGAGGCUGCACAGCUGAGAGAUGAACUGGGGGAUCCUUCUGCACCUGCAUGGCAUGCAGGUUGGUUGGCAUGGGAGACCCGAUGGUGGUCCUCCGCGCCGUGUUCUUGUUUGUUUACUUUGAUGGAUAUGCUUCACAAAGGGAGAUGAGGAACUCGUAGGUGAGGUAUCGGUGGUCGUGCUCUGCCCACUCCUCCCCAUCUUCAUCGUCUUCAUCCUCAUCCUGACAUAUGCAGGCACACACGCCCAGCGGCCGUCCGUGCGCUCGUGCCAUGUGAGUGUCGGUGUGGGUGUGUCCUAUUCUUCCCACGUGCAAAAUGCUGCUGGCUUUGGGCAGGUUGAAGAACGAAGGCGGCGACUGAGCGAUGGAGAGGAACUGCGCCGCCACCGCGAGCAGGUGCUGCUCGAAGAAGCGAUUUGCCUCCGUCAGCUGCACAAACGUCUCCAACAUAGACCUGCACACACACAAACAACCGCCACACAUGAAAGAAUCGAUACCUGGUUGCCGCGCCGACACAAAGAAUUCCUGCUCACCUCGCUUGUUUCCCGUGUGUCUUGAGGCUCUGCAUGGCCGCCCCCACAGCUGCUUGCAUGGUGGGCGUCAGCGACUGCAGGCCAGCGCAGUACUCACUCAUCUGCACCCGCUGCCCGUCGCGGUCCAGCAGAGCCGCCUCAUACACCUCCUUGACCAGCCUUACAGCAUCAGCCUUGAUGGCCAUGCUGGGGCUCUCCAGCAGCCCCCGCAGCUGAGCCACAAACGCCGCCGCCUCACCGCGCCUCUCAAUCUCCUCAUUCACAGUGUCGGCCACAGCAGACAGCACCCGGAUAGCAGCGAUGGCCCUCUGCUCGUUGUCAGAUCGCAUCAGCUGAAACAUAGCCAUCAGAAGCUCCGGCCACUCGUCUGAAGUCAGCUCUCGCACCCUUGUAAGCAGGUGGCCGAUGGCGCGUCGAGCGCUGCUGUCGGUUUCGUCCAUGAAGGCUUGGAGAAGAGCGCGACGAGCGUCUGGCUGCGUGGCCGUGAGCACGAAAGCCGCUGCCGCCUCGUUGUCAUCCUCUCCCUCCGCCCGCUUCAGCACAGUGUCACAUAGCGCGGCGGCCGUCUUGGUGAGGAUGGGAUCUCCGCGCAUCGUCGCGAUGACCUGAACAUACAUCCGGCAGGUGGCCUCGGGAGCGGUGUGUUGAAGACGCUGCAGCUCGUCCCUCGCCUCCCGGACGCGCUUCCCGUCAUCAGCCUCAGUCGGAUAUUGCACCCACGACAUGAUGAGGCCGACGAACGAAGAUAGCUCUUGGUCUGUCGGCAUCUGAGGGAAGGAUGAGGCCAUGAUAUGAUUUGUCCGUGGAGCAGCAGAAAGAUGAAUGAUAUGAUAUGGACGAGGGAAGAAUCGACGCACGUG